AUUGCUCCAAGCCCAGUGAAGGCGUCCAGAAUCGCUCAACUGCCGCUCUCAUGUAAAUUGAAAAUGUUUUACAACCUUUGAAACUUGCGCACGCACAUACACGAUGGAUGACAUGCCAUAGAGAGAGACACACAAUCCUCAUAUCUCCGAUCUUGUCGGAAAGUACGGAGCAAUGUCAGGCAGCAGAAGCCGCACUUUGCGCCAACGACGUCUCCCUCUGUACUCUCUGUUACCGUCUCACAACAGCCCCCACAACCUCCGGUCGGCCUUCGUUUCAACCUACUUACCCAGAUUGUUCAAAUCGUCAGCUGGGCUUCUCGUGCGCAACUCUUACUGUGUGCGAUCGCAUAAGCAAUUGCAAGGUCCACCGCUGUGCAGAUCCUCCACCCAGUUCCUUUCUGAUGGCCGCCUAUUCUGAGCUCCAUAGUCUACAAUUGUAGUCGUCUACGAGUAGUCUACACGGGAAACGUAAUUGACCAAUCACAGCCCGACCAAACCACCAUUUUUGUAUUGAUCUGGUUCUUGCUUUUGUUGUCC